GAAAGAACGGCGAAACGCAAUUUAUAAAAGGAGGCAGACAACUCAGCAGUCACACCCAGCUCAUAACGUGUAUUACUGCGGUCUCUUGACCUUGUACUCCCUCGCCGCGCAUCACUUACGCACAUCGAUUCAAAACAAAAGCUGGUCAUUACGGCCACUCACUUUGCGUUGUCUGCAUACAGCCAUAGAAUCUACUCAGGAAAUAAAACACUCUGCCCUUUAAGUGGCUGAAACACUUCCUUAUUAGCGCCUUCCAUCAUAGAUUUCAUUACGAUUAUCGCAUAUAUAUCUUCCAGCCAUAUCAUUCAUCUCCUCUUUUACCUGCACUGGCUUCAAUGGCACCUCGCAUCCCGCGGAAGAAGCGCCCUCACCUCCCCGGUGCGGCACGGCGCUUUAUUCCUCCCGCCGCUGCCCCCACCGUCGCCGCCGCCGCCGCCCCAGCAGGAGCAGCAUCGCAGCCCAUCGCCACCGCAUCCACGGCGCAGGAAGCAAAGCCGAUUGAGCCACCAGUGCAGGCAGCAACCGCCACUCCAGCAACGGAGACGCCUGCAGAGACGCGGGCAGCGGCAACAACCGCUUCACAAGUACCAGCAGAGGCGCCUCUCACCGAAGCCGCGGCGCCUGACGCAGCCCCUGCAACCGCACCCACCACCACCACCGCCGUCGCCUCCACGCCGCCUGCUCCGACUUCGACCACUGUGGCACCGCAACACCCAUCGCAGCCGAAUUUGGCCGUGCCGCCACAAGUCACAUCACCGCCCUCCGCCUUCACCCCUCCCACCGCGGCGGCGGCUUCAGAGACAGCGGCUGCGCGCCGUGGCGUUACGCGUCGUCGGCGCUCGCGCACAGGCCGCCGCUACUCCGCAACGACGGCGGACGGCGCACCCGCCAGCCGCGACCUCAACAGCGACCCUCGCGGGGUGCCGGAAGUGAGCAAAGUGACGGGCGCAGCGGAGGCGGCCAAGCCUGAGUGCGCCGCCCUGCCUCUGCCUCCCCCCAACCCAGCGGCGACGGUAUCGGCGGGGAGUGUGUCCAUCAGACCUGUCGAGACAGCUGUCGCUCCCGCCGUUUCAGCGGUGCCACCGCCGCCUACAACGCCCGUUCACGGUGUGGAGACGAAACCGGCCGCAACGGAGGCCGCAGCCACGGUGCCACCACCCAGCACCGCCGCUGCCACUCCGCCACCCACGUCUUCUUCGACUCGUCGGGCCACAAUCAGCCGUCUGCCCAAAAAGAAAACAUUCUUUGCGGAGUUGUGGGAAGACGGCAGGACAUCCGAGACGGGGGCCGCGGCGGCGGCGGAGGCCGAUGCGCAACCGACACGUCCACCGCAGCAGGCAGCCACAACUGUAGCAGCACCAGCGGCUGCACACACAACAACGCCGGAGGCACCAUCGCCCACACCGGUGGAGGCGACUAAGAUGGCUCCAGAAGCCGCUGCUGCAACCACCACCACCACCACCAUUUCAAGUCCCCCCUCUCCCUCUCGACGUGCCACAAUCAGUCGUGUCCCCAAAAAGCGCGCUCGGGUCGCUGAGGAACUGAACGCACUGCCCUCCAUCCACGAAGCGGCGGCUCCUGCUGCGGUGGAGGAGGUGGCGGCGGCCCCUAUACCCAACGUAGAAGCUGCUUCUACUGUUGCGGUAGCGACCACGGCAGCGUCGAAGCCCCCUGUGGCGCCGGUCGCCGUCCCUCCUACAAGCUCCGGUCAGAUGCCCGCUGCCGCGGCUUCUCCCCGCGCGACCAUCAGCCGGCUCCCGCGUAAAAAGAAGUUCUUCGCCGGUGUGGGCGAGGACACGCCUGCCGCGGUGGAGGCGGCUGUGCAGGACGCACCUGCCGCUGCUGCCACCACCGUCGAAACACCGCUCGUUGUAGCGCAGACGGCAGCAGCGGCGGUGAAGCAGGUGACAGCACCUCCAACUGUCACGCCAACGGUGCCGCCGCCCCGUCACGGGUCGGGGACGGACACGCCUCCCGCGGCGGUGGCGGCGGUGGCGGCGGUGGCGGCCGGAUCCCCGCGUCACCGUCCCGCCAUCCGCCGCACGGCAAAGCAGCUGCGACAGGCGAGGGCCACCGCCCCGGCUGCAGCAGUGGCGGCCCACGUACCGACAACUGCAACGGCAGACGUAGCGGAACAAGUGACCGCCGGCCCUGCAGCAGCAACAACGGCCCCAGACACGCACGAAGGCGAAAAGGAGGCGGAGGCUGCGAAGCCGUCCGCUGACGCCUCUGCCGCCGUACCAGCGACCCCGGAAACGGUGGCUGCGCAGGAAGUCGCACCGGGCGCCACGCCAGUUGCGCCUAAAAAGCGCGUGAAGCCACAAAAGAAGCCCAAGCGGCUGAGUCCUGCAGCGCUGCGCCGCCGCGAGAUAACAGCGCUCAACCGCAUCCCGCGGCGCUUCCGUCCGCCGCCCCCGAUGUGGCAUCCACGAGAAACGGUGGAGACAGCAGAGGCAGUUCCACCUGCCACUGCUGCGGCGGCGGAGGAGGAGACGGUGGACGCUGCGCCGGCACCCCCUGUGGAGGAGCCACCCCUGCCCGCCCCUGCAGCAGCAUCGGAAGCGAUUGAGGUCAACACCGAAGCCGCACGCCCGAUGCCAGCAAACGGAAUCGCAGCUCUCUCCACCUCGCCCGAAGAGGCGGCACACGUUGAGGCGGCGCAAGUCGCAUCGGAAGCCGCGGAAGUCAAGGCCGAGCCAGGAGCUGCGCCGGCCACGGGAGCGGAGAUCUCUGCACCCGCGCUCGCGCACCGCAUCACGGCUAAAACCGACAAGCGACACAUCACCCGGGCACCUGCGCACGGCAAAAAGCGUUUCUUCACUACCCUUGAAGAGGCGCCACCAGCCGCAGCAGCAGCCGUUUCUCCCCCAGCAACGGAGACUCCUGUGACGGCGGGAGAAGCGGGGAAUAGGACACCCAACGCCACGACGGUAGCAGCCACUGAGGCGUCAGUGGACUGGACGCCUGCCGCGGUGGAUGCGUGCACGGAUGCAGUGGCAGAGAAGUCAGAGGCGAUGCCUGAAGAAGUUGUCGACCACCCAUCUCCGCAAGCCGCCACAGACGCGACAGGAGGAUCCACUACCGUAGACGCGACGGACGAGGUCAACGCAGAAGCAGAGGCGAUCGGUGUUGUGUCUCCGUCCGUCCUCGCUGGCGGCGCCGCCUCUGCGGUCCCGUCGACGAAGGUGGUGCGCCAGGCGAACGUGCGCGCGCUUCUGAAGUCGAUCCGGGCGGCGCACAAACCUCUCAAGCGGGCACAGCGGCGCAGCAGGCGGAAGAGGUCGAAGGUGGUGAAAGCGGCGGCGGUCCCUGCGGCAGCAGUCGAAACGGGUCUUGCCGCGUCUCCAACGAUGGAGGCGGUGGAAGGGGGGCAGCCGGUGGUGGCCGAGGGCAACGCAAGAGAAGGCCAAGCGGCCCUCCAAGAGGACGAUGUAGCAGAGGUGGUGGAGGUAGAAGUGGUCGAGCCAGCAGCAGAAGAAAUUGAAGCAAACGCGGAGACAACAGCCGCAGCGGCGUCGGCCGAUCAUGUCGGCGCUUCUCACGAUGACACACACAGUCAGACGCCUAUCGAGACAACCGCGGAAACCCGUGAGGAACCAGACGUCCAAGCAGCCGUCGAGUCCGCCACAACAGUGACAGUUAAUGCAGCAGUCGAUGCCACCGCCUCACCAGAGGAGCCGACUGCCCCAUCGGUAGCCCGCACGGAAGGGGCAGCAGAGAAGUUCCCGUCCUCCAUGGCACGUCGGCUCGCCGCCAAGAAAAAGAUCCAAAAGCACGCGAAACUCGCGGCGGCGCGGCUGGAAGCGUGGGGCGAUUCUCGUGCGGCGGAGACAGCGGUGAUGGAUGAACCCCUCGUGGCGGCCGUACACGCUGCCGCUGAGCCGUCGAUCCCGCCCGCGGAGGUGCCGUCGGCGGAGACGCUGCUGCGCAACGCCGCCCUGACCCUCCCCAAUGGACAUGUCGUGAUGGAGUCCUUCACGGAGCAGGAGAUGGUGCUGCGCCGCGCCAGCCUGGAUGACAGCUGGGAUGUCGGGCUGCGCUUCGACUGGCAGGAGCGCACCCUCACCAUCUCGGCCUUUCCCGAGUUUGACCGCAACGACGCCCGCGCGGCACACCCGUUUGUGCAGCUCUACAAAUCGAAGCCGCGGUGGUUUUUGAAGGAGGUGAACGAAGCAAGUGCGACGCGCAUGAAGGAGGCCUUGGACGCCAUGAAGCGCAGUCUCACUGCCCGCUUCGUCUUCCGACAGCUCCCAAAGUGA